AUGGCCAAUCCCCUUCCUUCUAUCGAUAAUCUUUCCCCGUCUAGACUCGCCAUGGGAGACGAAGAAGUUCAGGCCCUCGUUGUUGACAAUGGCUCCGGCAUGUGCAAAGCCGGUUUCGCAGGUGAUGACGCGCCUCGUGCCGUCUUCCCCUCCAUCGUUGGACGUCCCCGUCAUCAGGGCGUCAUGGUCGGUAUGGGCCAAAAGGAUAGCUAUGUCGGAGACGAGGCCCAGUCGAAGCGUGGUAUUCUCACGCUGAAGUAUCCUAUCGAGCACGGUAUCGUAACAAACUGGGACGAUAUGGAGAAGAUUUGGCACCACACCUUCUACAACGAGCUGCGUGUUGCCCCCGAAGAACACCCAGUAUUGCUAACUGAGGCACCACUCAACCCCAAGGCGAACCGUGAAAAGAUGACCCAGAUCAUGUUCGAGACCUUCAACACACCGGCCAUGUACGUUGGCAUCCAGGCCGUGUUGUCGCUCUACGCCUCUGGUCGCACCACCGGUAUUGUGCUUGACUCUGGUGAUGGUGUCACCCACAGUGUGCCCAUCUAUGAAGGUUACGCUCUUCCGCAUGCCAUCUUACGUCUUGAUCUGGCCGGUCGUGACCUCACCGACUACCUCAUGAAGAUUCUCACCGAACGUGGCUACUCCUUCACGACCACUGCAGAGCGUGAAAUCGUUCGCGACAUCAAGGAGAAGCUCUGCUACGUCGCCCUCGACUUUGAACAGGAGAUGGCCACUGCCGCCUCCAGCUCCUCCCUUGAGAAGUCUUAUGAGCUUCCUGAUGGUCAGGUCAUUACCAUUGGCAAUGAACGUUUCCGUUGCCCUGAGUCUCUAUUUCAACCCAGCUUCCUUGGCAUGGAAUCUGCCGGUAUUCACGAGUCUACCUUUAAUGCUAUCAUGAAGUGCGAUGUGGAUAUCCGUAAGGAUCUCUACGCCAACACCGUCUUGUCUGGUGGUACCACCAUGUACCCAGGUAUUGCUGAUCGUAUGCAGAAAGAGAUCACCUCACUGGCACCCAGCACUAUGAAGAUCAAGAUCGUCGCGCCACCUGAACGCAAGUAUUCUGUCUGGAUCGGUGGCUCCAUUCUCGCCUCCCUUUCCACCUUCCAGCAGAUGUGGAUCUCCAAGCAGGAGUACGACGAAUCGGGCCCUGGCAUCGUCCACCGCAAGUGCUUCUAA